UCCUGUACGACAGGCAGUUGGUCCGGGAGAGAGCGUCUACCGCUCAGUUCCAGCCGCCUGCAGCCCCACUCGGAGAAAACCAAGCCAGAAUUCAGAGUAACUGCUGCCAAACAUCAGGAGUUCCACUACAACCAAGCACCUCAGUACCACUGGAGCUCAUCAUGUUCUGUGCGGCUUGUUCAAGAACCCUGGAGAUCAAUCAGCAGUCGUUAUCCCGCGUCGCCUCUCAAUGCUCCAAUUGCUGGUGAUUCAGCUAAUCGCAUGGUGACAUUGGUGUUAGAGGCGAUUGACUUGAAGCGACUGCGAGGAAGAUGGGCGGGAAGCAAUCUCGCAGUUUUUCCACGAAGGAGUUGAACGAGGUGAGUAUGGGUCAAAGGAGCAAGAGUGCUUUGAGAGACGACCAGCCAACCCUGUCCUCGGCUGCAGAGAGGAUCCGCAGACACGCCACGGUGCACUUCGGUUACAGCACCCUGAGUCUAGCCAUGCGGGCACUCGACAAGACCCCGGCUGAGCUGUGGGAACUCAGAGAGCUGCAGAAGCUAAACCUGUCCAUGAACUGCCUGUGCUCCCUGCCCUCUACCCUGGGUGCCCUGGACAAUCUUGUCAUCCUCAAUCUUUGGGGCAACAACCUGUCGAGCCUCCCCCCUGAGAUCGGACUCCUGAAGAAGCUGCGUGUGCUCUUUGCUUGUCGCAACCGCCUGAGCGAGGUCCCCGAGGAGCUGGGCUCCUGCACCUGCCUGGAGGUGCUCAGUCUGGCCAACAACCAGAUCACGGGCCUCCCUGGCAGCUUGGCAGCCAUGAACAGUUUGACCAAGCUCAACCUCAGCCACAACCGCAUCGCUCACAUCCCCACGUGUGUGUACACGAUGAAGGGCCUGGUCUUCCUGCACCUGGCCUGCAACCGACUAGAGACGAUUGCGGACCAGAUCCAGGACUUGGUGAACCUCAAGAUCCUCAUUGUAGAGGGCAACAGUAUCCACACACUGCCAAAGACACUGUGUUUUCUACAGUCUUUAGAGCUCCUCAAUGUUGACUUCAAUGACCUGCAAAAUGUACCGGUGGAACUGUAUCUACUGAGCCGGCUCGGGAGGUUGGCCUGCCACCCGAUGGACAAGGGACUUCACAUAAUCCACAACCCCCUCCUCAAGCCUAUUCAGGAGGUGUUGCAAGGAGGACUCAGCGCCCUCUAUAACUACCUCAAACCCACGUGAGGGACCACUGCUGCAUGUGUGUCUGUGUGUCUGAAAGAGUGUGUCGUAAUGCCACGUUGGGGAAAAUCUGACCCCUGGCAGGUGGUAGUCGUGGUCUGAGUCCACAAACUGACUGACAAGAGAUAUUAUGUCUCAAGAUGGUUUAUCUCUCUGACUGACGAAUAGAUUUUCUAAUUUUUUUUUAUGUAAUACCGAAGUUUGGAUAUAAAUAAAGAAUUAGCAACUGCUGUGUCAUGUCUAAACAUUUGUUAAUCCACAGCGAAGCAGUCAGGACAAGUCACGCAGCUCACACAGACAUUCACAGGUCUACAUUUGGGAGCUGAUAACUGGUCAGUUGAUGUGGUUUG